GUGUGUGUGUAGGGUGGGCCGCUGCAGUAGCGCUGAAGAGAGACUGGUCGAGCUCGAGCUGUUCAUCCACACACUGCUAGUGUCAUCUCACGCGAGGACAGAGAGAAUGCGCUGACCUCCCCAUCCACGACCCGGCGAAAGGACGAGGACAUGUGUUAGAGGACCCAUAAUGAAUCGCACUGAGAUGGAGAUGUCAGGACCAGGUGUGAGCCGACACAGUCGCAUAGUGAAGAGGAGACGGUGGAAAAGACUGAGGCAGCAAUGGAAACUGCUGGGUCUGUUUGAGAUCGACCAGCAGCAUGAGUUCUACAGUCUCACCUGUAUGAUGAAGGAAGGGCUGUGUGCCGCUGUGCAGAACACCAUUGACAACCCUUUACCUGAUGAGCUGUCUGAGGAUGACUAUACUCUUGAAGUAACUCAAAUCCAUAAGGACUUCAGGAUGGAGACAUAUGCUGGGCCGGUGUUUGCCAGUCUGCGGCGCUCCCUGGGGAUGACAGAGAAGGAAUAUCAGCAGUCCCUCUCGUCAGAAGGCAGCUACCUGCAAUUCAUCAGCAAUUCUAAGAGCAAGGCAGACUUCUUCCUAACUAAUGACAAGCGGUUCUUCUUAAAGACACAGAGUAAAAGUGAAGUGCGAUUUCUCUUGUCUAACCUGAGAAUCUACAUGGAACAUCUGGAGAAGUACCCACACUCUCUGCUUGUCAAAUUUUUAGGUGUUCACAGGAUCAAAAUAGCACAUCAGAGGAUGGAGUACUUUAUUGUGAUGCAAAGUGUCUUUUACCCUGAUGAUAGAAUCACAACGAGGUACGAUAUAAAAGGCUGUGAGGUGAGCCGGUGGACAGACCCAGCCCCUGAAGGCAGCCAGAGCAUUAUUGUUUUGAAGGAUCUUAAUUUUGAAGGAAAGUUCAUUCAGUUAGAUCAGCAACGCCCUUGGCUCCUGCGUCAGGUGGAGAUUGAUACUGCCUUUCUUCAGACGCUCAAUGUGUUGGACUACAGCCUCCUGCUUGCCCAUCAGCCCCUGCACCAGGAUGAACUCAGCCAGAGUCUCGCUUUCACAACACUCAUCAUGCGUGCCAAAAAAUCCUUCUCUUUCUUCUCCAAAUGGCCAUUGGCAGGCAGGUCAGUAAAUGCAACAUCCAGUCCUACACAUGCCACUUCACCAACUGUUCCCGGGACAGUGGCAGAGGAAGACUCCACACUCCUCUCCUCAGAAUUAAAUACAGCACAAGGUCACGUAACAGAAAUGCACAGUGGCAAUUGUUCAACGGACAUCGCAAGUCCUGAGGAAGACAUAAUUGAGCAACAAAGUAGAAUGGGAACAGAGUCAGCCGAUCUACAAACGUUCCAGUCCCAGAACAGGAGACUGCUUCCUAACUUCAAAAACUCGCUUCAUGUCAUUGAUGGAUCAGAGCAGCGUUACUUCGUUGGGAUAAUUGAUAUCUUCACUGUUUAUGGUUUCAAAAAGAGGCUUGAGCAUCUGUGGAAAAGACUGAGACACCCACGACAAUCAUUCUCCACAGUCAGUCCUCCAGCUUACUGUCACAGGCUGUGCCAGUGGGUUCAGGACCAUACCAAAUAAAAUAAGAGAGCUUGGAUGACAGAUGCACCACUGUUCGCACCUGACUCAUACAUACCUCAUUAUGUAAACACUGUGGAAUGGAUCUGAAUGUACAUUUGAGGGCGAACGCUUUUAUAGCUUUUUGUUUAAUAAAGAUGAUGCUAAUGCAAGUACUUGUUAAAACACUCUAGUUCAUGAAAAAUGCAAAAGUUAAAAGUUCUAUUCAUUUAAAAAGAGAGUAACAGAGCAAUGACGGUGCAUAGGGAUGUAACCUAUUACGAAAACA